UUACAAAUCUGUUCAACUUUCUGGCACCAGUUGAUUGAAAAAAUAAAUAAAUAAAAGUUUUCCAGUGGAGUACCCCUUUAAAGGAGCACUGUGGGCUAAACAAAGGAUAGUGGAUAAGUGUCUGAUGGCCGGGGGGAGUUCGACCACUGAGACACCCACACAAAUCUGACACCAGUUCAUAAAAAAAAAAAGUUUUCCACCAGAGUUCUCCUUUUAAAUAGCCUUAGGGCACAUAACAUGAUACAGGGGCCUUGGCUUAGAUGGCAGCUCGGUUUCUGAUGACUUAGAGGGAAUAAAAUGAAGCCUAUGACACAGCUGCGGGUGCGUUCUCACGUCACAGUUCGGUAUUCAGCCCCAGGGGUGGGGGCCGGUCUGUGUCACACAAGGUUCGGCUCCUGAUCCUCCCUCUAGUGUCAGAAGGAACACGGCUCAGUCCCUCCAGUUCUCUGGGAUAGUGCGUGGAAACUGUCAGCGUGAUGCACCGAGCAUUACUUCUCUCCGUUUUUGUCUCAGUCGUCGGACUCUCGUGUUCUGCUGAUACCAUACAAGUUAUUUCGGGAGUGUUUAUGCCAAACAAUAUCACAGUGGAUUAUGAUGGAGCCAGAACAGCCUGUGCCAUGCAAAACAGCAGAAUGGCGACAUUGGCAGAGAUUACCUUGGCCUAUACAAAAGGAUACGAGAUCUGCAAAUGGGGCUGGGUAGAGGAGAAGAGGGUCGCCAUGCUUCGUCUGACGCCAUUUGAAGCCUGUUCUGGCUAUAAUCUCGGUAUUUUGAUGAGAGACUGUCCAAAUAUCAACGUUGCAUUCUGUGUGAAUAGCACAUCAGGGACUGUACGUCAGUUUUCCAUACCUAACAAUCUAGUCCCAUCAUAUGAAAACGCCAGCAAUACCUGCACGGACAAUGGUCUUAAGAUAGCUACAAAAGACCAAAUUGGACAGAGCAACAAUACUGACUAUGGGUUCGCCUGGUAUAACUGGGGGUUUGGACGGAUGAACAAUGGGAUUUUUGAAGACAAUAUCUGUACAGAUGUGUUAAGCCACGCUUCUGCCUUCUGCUAUAACCCGGCCUUAUCUGAUGUCAUUAUAAUAACUGAUGACCAAACCUGGAAGAAAAUCGCCAUCGGGUGCAUGAUUGCCUCAAUAUUUGUGAUAUUACUAUUUGCCGCUGCAUUUAUGAGAGGAAACCGGUUUAUAUGCUGCAUGGGAGAAAAGCGCACUCAUGCACCGGAGUCCCCAACAGCCCCUGUACCCACAUGGAAUACCACCAGUGUUUACCGACGCAUUAGUAAGGCCAACAAGGAUAUCAUUUACGACAACAUGGUUAUAACUGAGAAACGUCCCCCGGCGAUCCAUCCGGAGAUGAAUGUCUACAAGUCUCACUACAGUAACAUGGCGUUUGACACUACGGGAGAAGAAUGAGGACAAUACAUAGCAGUGUUCUGUAACCAGUGUGCCUCCAGCUGUUGCAAAACUACAACUCCCAGCAUGCCCGGACAGCCAAAGGCUGUCCGGGCAUGAUGGGAGUUGUAGUUUUGCAAUGGCUGGGGGCACGCUGGUUGGGAAGCACUGAUAUAUAGGAUGAUGGUGGAGACUCCAGAAUGGAUAUUAAUAGGUUAAUCCGCAUGACGUCUAAUUGAGAAAUCCACAACCAAUUACGGUAGAUAUAUCUAUAUAUCUAUAUAUAUAUAUAUAUAUAUGUUAAAUCAAUUCCCGUAACAUUUAUAUCUCCAUUUGCGGACAUUUGAAGCCCCGCCCUUGAGGAGCACAGGAAGGCCCACUUUACAGGGACACCUCUUCUUUGAGGUCUUUUUUUACAGGACAAGCCCAUAACAUUUUUGGGGGGGGAUUUUCCAUCUUGCCGGCCAGCAUUACAAUUGAAGACCCUAUUCACCUAUAGACCCCGUAGGUCUGUCCUUUAUAGUCACAGCAGAAAGACAAUUCCGGAGCGACCAUAGAGGUUCUCUCAAAAGUAGCGACUAUACCUCUGAAAGAUGGUGAAACUUGAGAGAUACGACUCACAUGUUAUAAAUUAUUAUUAUAUUAUUAUUGUUAUUAUUGUAUUGUGUUACGUAUGUGUUGUAUACAAGAUGGCCUGUAGGUGUCACUAUUACUACUGUAAUUUUACAGUCAAUUUAUAAAACUUUUACAUAUAUCCUGAGCGCCU